CGCGCGGGCGGCGGCACCCCAAUGAGAGCUCGGGGGGCGGCGGCGGCGGCGGUUAAAGCGGACCCGGGUUCCAGGCUGGAGCUGCAGCGCGGAUCCGGGUCUUAGCCCUCAGAUUUAAUUGGUUGCCUGGCAUUUCAUCUGUGGCAAGCAGGACAAUGGCUGCCAGCAAGACCAAAAACCAGAGUUCCUUGGCUCUCCAUAAAGUAAUUAUGGUUGGCAGUGGAGGUGUGGGCAAGUCCGCACUCACUCUUCAGUUUAUGUAUGAUGAGUUUGUAGAAGACUAUGAACCUACCAAGGCUGACAGUUACAGAAAGAAAGUAGUUCUGGAUGGUGAAGAAGUUCAGAUAGACAUUCUGGACACAGCAGGACAGGAGGAUUAUGCAGCUAUCAGAGACAACUAUUUCCGCAGUGGGGAAGGGUUUCUUCUAGUCUUCUCAAUAACGGAGCAUGAAUCCUUUACAGCAACUGCAGAGUUCCGGGAACAGAUCCUGCGUGUGAAGGCUGAAGAGGAUAAAAUCCCUUUACUGGUAGUAGGAAACAAAUCUGAUUUGGAAGAACGCAGACAAGUGCCUGUAGAAGAAGCUAGAAGUAAGGCAGAGGAGUGGGGUGUGCAGUAUGUAGAAACUUCUGCCAAGACCAGAGCGAAUGUAGAUAAGGUAUUCUUUGAUUUAAUGAGAGAAAUCAGAGCAAAGAAAAUGUCAGAAAACAAAGACAAGAAUGGCAAGAAAAGUGGCAAGAACAAGAAAAGCUUUAAAGAAAGAUGUUGCUUACUGUGAUGCUUGGGAACUGUAAAUACUGAUCUACAGGUGGCAUGGAUAAGAUACCACUAAGGAUAUAGGGCUGGAUUCAUGAAAGGAAGUCUGUAUUGACUCCCUUAUCUUUUGCUUUGCAUAUCACACCUUCAAAAUGUGAAAAGAACUUUUAAACGAUUUCUGGUAUCCAACAAAACCUAUGCCUACCUAAAUGGAAAUGGGCUUUGUCUUCCCCAAUGUCCUUCAAAACUAGAAACACUUUCAGAACUACAGUCUUUUUGCUUGAUCAUACAAAGUACUUUUGUAUUAACUUCUUAAUACACUCAGAUGUUUCUCUGAAUAUGUUUCACUUGAACCUCUACUGGCCUUAAACAAGCACAGCUGUUCAGGUUCAAACUUUUUUCUCCCCCACUGUUACUGCCCUCCUUGAUGUUGCAAACUUCAGAAAAGCUAGAUGACAUCUGGUAAAGUUCUUGACUCUCCACCUUCUGUUAGUUGUCAUUGAUACUUCUUACUCUGAAAUCUUCUGGCUUCCUUCCCAUACUCCAUGUAACAAUUAGCAACUGACACUUGAGAGUCAACUCGGAACAAACUUUCUUCCAUGUUCUAUUUAGUCAAUACACUAUUCAUGAAUCAAGCCUGUGGAUUCGAUUCAGACCUUUUAGGCAAUACAGAAAAUAAUACUUAAAAGAUUGGCCAGAUGCAUUCCUCACUAGCCUGUCCUCUCACCCUUAAAUUAGUGACAUGGGGUGAGAAAAUUACUGUAAGCCUUUUUUUCAGAAGGAACAAUCUUGUUGCCAUCCCUUUGAAAUGUGGCUAGAUUCAAUCACACUCGCUGUACAUCUAUCACCUCUCUCUUGUACUGCAGUAGUGAAAAUCAAUGUUGAUUCCAUCAAUUUUGUUUAUAUUGGAACACUUCUGAUCAUGUUGGAAAGCAGGAGCAUCUGCAUCUGUCUCUUGCCUUGCUGAAGAUGAAAACUUUGAGACAGGAUGGGUCACAUCAUACAAUCAUGACUUGGAAUAGGUGAGGCAUACUUGCUACCUCUCAAUGAUUAGCUGGCUAGUGAGUUGUAUAGUGUCAAAGCAAAUUAAGCAGUUGUUACAUCUGUUACUGUUAAUUUUAUAUGCACUUUUUCCAAUGCACAGUGACCUAGCACAUGGACAUGUUGACUCAGUUAUGGGAGGGUCAUGUACUGAUCCACAAAAAGCAGCCUAGGAAUGGAAAAGUUGGUAUUUAGCAGGUCCUCUUGUAAGGUGACAGAGCUGAGCUUUGUGAUGCAGUUUAAGUGCAGUUGCCAAAACCCACUUUUGUCACUGUUUUGGAAAGUUAACUGUCUCUUCUGAUUGUGGGGUCUUUCAGUGAGUUAUGGCUAUCUUCUGUUUUGAAGGAGUAGAGAGACAGUAAUAACUAUAACUGGCUUGACUGGCUGCUUAAAAACAAAACUUAUUUGGUGGAAGGGGUGUGUUGUGUGGUUGUUCCACAAAGCAGCUGCAGCACUGAAUUAACAAAUAGUGUUUCUUCUUGAGGUGGAGUAGUGAAUACUUUUCAGUACUUAGUGUUCUAAUUUUUUGCUGAAAAAUACACACCACAUUUAACAUGUACUCGAUCACCCUUGUGCAUUCCACCUCUAGACUAAGAUGUGUUGGAUAUCAGAAUUUCUGUUGGUCUGAGGUUUUACAGGGGCUUAUCACAAACUCAUUGUCUUCCAUAAGUAGCUCAACUUGUCAGGCAACUCAUUGGACUGAGGAAGCUGUACUAAAUAAAAGGUGCUGUAAUCUUUGUUCUUGUCAAGUUAAAUUCCUUUGUUAAUGUCUUGUAUUUGCAGAAAAUGUUUUAAGCAGUUUUGGAAAUACUAUUGUGAACAGUGUAAGUAAUUAGUAUUGCAAAGCCAACUUGCCAAGACAGUUUUGAAGUGAAGGCUGGGAGCAUUCUGGCUGGUGGAAUUUGUCCCUUGAUGUCCAUCACCUGUGUCUAAAGCCUAAGCACCUAAUGGGACAUUUGGAGCUAUUACCCUUCUAACAAAAUUUCCCCUUGAACUUCCAUGUAUAAAGCCUGGUUUUGAGUGAAUAUUGUGUAUACAGCAAAUGAAUGUUUGGUUCUGGAGGAAAGUACCUCACUUAGGUUUGGGUUUAGUUGAGACCUAAAGGCCAAGUCCUUAAUUAACCUAAAGGACAAACAACAGUUGAAUUCACAUUACAGGCUCAUCUAGGUCAAGCUGCCCUGAGGUGGAUUGUAAAAUGUGUCUUAAUAAAACUGAAUAAGCUUUCCUUGCUAUAUGAAUAAUGAACUCAGCAAAGCUCACAAUGAGCAGCCCAGCUGUAUUGGCUCAAGACUUGCAUGUGUUGAUCUUUGGUCUCUUAAAGUACCUGACAGUACUUGAUAGAACAGAUUAAUUUCUACUCGGAAUAGUGAGUCUGUUACUGGUAUUCUCACAGUCCAUGUGCUCUCCUUGCUCAGGUUAUUUAACUGAUAAAACUCUGCUGCUGAGGAGGACUUAACUGGAAGAAGCUUUUCAGUGUUCUCCUUCUGUACUUGUGACAAACUUCAGUUUAACUUUCUAGUCACAGCUUAAAAUAUAGGUACUUCAUAACAGUAGGCAACAAGCAUUCUAAUUUGUACCAGGAAGGCAAUAAAACUCCCCUGGACUAGAAUCCAUUUGGUAGAAGUUUCUGAAAGCAUGCCCUUGAAAUAACAUCAGUGUGAUUUGUGCUUCCCUGGUCAGCAGUGGGCAUCAGCAUUUAGAUGAAUUGACUAGAGUAAAUACAAAAUGGUGUAGAGAAAUCCUUGUUUUGGACUGGGGGCUUCCUGUGAGCAGAAUAAAUGAAGCUUUUGCCUCUAAUCUAAAUGAGUACUUGUAGAUUAGCCACACAAAUAAGGAUGACUUUGGCAAGAGGGCGGUGGGGUGUGUGGUUGCAUGCUAGCCCUGCUGUGUCGCUGAGGCAGCUGAAAACUGAAUUGAAGCUGAUAUACUCUAGCAGAUACUGCAUGUUAUGUAAUUAAGGCCUAAGACUUCAAUCAUGGUAAUAUACUCUUAAAUCUUUCUGGAGCAUGAUUGUAGGCAAAUAACUGGAUAUUUGAACCUGGAGGCUGUGCAAGAUUUGACUAUGUACUUGCACUUAAGCAUUCAAAUGUUAUCCUUGUGUAAUGGCUUGAAGCAAGUGAGCUGUUUACUGCUAUAUGCAAACUUCUAUAUGUGACUUAGCUGUGGGUAUGUAUUCCAGCGCUCCAGUCUUCCUUCUGGUUUGAGCAAACACCUCCAUUAUAACAGGGCUAAGUUAUAUGAAAAAAAAAAAAGGUUAAACUGCAGGAGUACAAAAGUGGAUGUGACUCCUGUUUCUCUCUAGAUAAGUGCACAGAUGCAACAUGAAGUGCAUCUCCAAUGACUUGUGCCAUAUAUUUCCUGUACAUACUAAUGCACCUUUACUGCAAUUUCUAAGUGAACGUUUGCCUUCAUGAGGAGAGUUGUAUGCAUACACUUAUUGGGCAUUGAACUUCUGUAAGAUGCCAGUAGUUACCCAAAGUUCCAGUUGAAUCUUAUAUGACUAAUCUAAUGCUUAAUAAAUACACUUUAGGUCUAAGGCAUGAAGAUACAAUCUGGAAUGUAAGGGAGCAGGGGAAUGCAUCUAAGUGCUCACCAAUAUUUGGUUUAACGUUUUACAAAGUGUUAAGCCAGUGCUUAGGGCUGAGAGGCCUAUCAAUUACUGCUCAAAAAGGAUACUGUUUAUCAAUUCCACUCAGAGCCUGAGUAGACAGGAGCUUUCUUCAGUUGCUGUAAGCAUAUGUUGCUAUGUUCACCUCCUGCUGACUUCAUAGUUAAGAAAAGGAGGGAAGAGGAACAAAGCAGCUAUGAUUUUUCACUGUAAUCUCCACACUUCAUGGGAAUGGCAGGUGUUCCUCUUGUGAGGGGAAGGUGUUAUCUCUAACACCAAGAAAGAGGUUUAGUGUAGAGGAAGUGAUUGUGAUUGCAAGAUAUAAUAAAACUGCCUCUAAAUGAUGUAUGCUAUACUAUACAAUGUACUUUCUUUUCUCUUGUAGCUUUAGAGCUUUGUCUCUAACUUGCACAAAAUUUUAAUGUCUAUAAACUGGUCACUUUUCAUUAUCAUGCUAAUACAACUGAUUUGUAUUACUAUUGAUAAUAAAAAGAAAAACAGGCUUA